AUGUUGGCCUUCAAUAAACGGUGUUUGGUGAUUUUGUUAGUAUUCAUAUUGGGUACUUUGGAUUAUUGUACGGCAACGAAUUAUUGUGAUCCUGAUUUGUGUUAUGGCCUUGAGGGACACAUCGGAUGUAAUCAUAAUGGGGAAUUUGCCUCCACAUGUUAUCCCGAUGCAAAAAUAAUACCCAUCGAUGAAAAUUUACGCGAAGACAUUGUUCGUAAACACAAUGAAUAUCGUAAUCUUGUUGCGGCUGGCUUUGAUAGAUUUGCACCAGCCUCACGAAUGGCCAAAACACAUUGGAAUGAUGAAUUGGCCCAAUUGGCUGAGCUGAAUGUCAAACAGUGUGAAGCUAAACACGAUUUGUGUCGUAACACCGAUCAAUUCAAUUUUGCUGGACAAAAUAUUGCGGUGCGCUAUUUUUGGAAUGAUCAGUUUGAUGCCGGUGCAACAGCUCUCGAUCAAAUCGAUCAAUGGUUUGAUGAAUAUAAAUUGGCAUCAAUGAAGGAUAUUCGUGAAUAUAGAACACCUAGUGAUGGCACUGUUAUUGGUUCCUUUACUGCAAUGGUCCAAGAAAUGGGAACAGGCAUCGGCUGUGCAAUAUUGCAACAGACAGGUGAACAGGGUAUUGUCCAGCAAAUAUUGACCUGUAAUUAUUCCUAUAUUAAUAUCGAAGGAUUGCCUGUCUAUGGUAUUGGAGCACCUACCAGUCAUUGUACCACAGGUCCCGAUGCAACAUAUACUUCGUUGUGCAGCGACAAUGAAGUAUAUGAGGUGAAUGAUAUUCCUCAUUAUCAAGAUUAA